AUGGCGUCCCUCGAGGAGGAUGAGGACCGCGACCUGGCGGGGUCUCAGGACGGUAGCUCAGACAACGAGAACGAAAUCGAUGAUACAAUGCGCGAUGUUGACGACGGCGAUGCCGACAACGAGCCCGACGCGGAUGCUGACGCGGAUGAAGAUCCAGGGAGCCCAUCCAACGCGAGUCAAGCAUCGGAGGGCGCUGGAAUGGCCUCGCAGCAGAACCAAGAUGGGGAUACUCCUGGCAAUGCCGACACAUCCAUGUCGGAGUCCUUUUCGAUCUACCAUCCUAGCGUGCGCCCCGAAUGCUUGACCGCGAAGACUUAUGACAUUGCCCCCACCACCGCCGCACCUCAUAGCACAUCCAUCAAUGCAAUCGCUGCAACAGCCGACAUGCGCUGGGUUUUUAGCGGAGGAUCAGAUGGAUUUGUCCGAAAGUUCAAUUGGGCGGAAUCGAUGAACAGCAAGCUCAUGUUGACCGUGGCGCAAAGGCACCCCUUUGUUGAUAGUGUUGUCAAAGCCGGUGUGCUCAUGACAUAUUGGGAGAACAUACACGCGAAUAGCCUGUCGCCAGUUUACUCCCUAGCAUGUCACAGUGAGGGACUGUGGCUCCUAUCCGGAUUGGAAUCUGGUACGAUUCGACUGCAGACAUUGCGCCAUGACGAAGGCAAGGAGAUUGCGCAAUUGAGACAGCAUACAUCUGCGGUUUCAUCAUUAAAUUUGACGUCCGAUGAACAGUCUCUGCUGUCGGGAAGUUGGGAUAAAAGGGUCAUUGACUGGGACUUGAACACUGGGCAGUCUCGACGCGCGUUCGGAGGAAGUGCCGUUCAGAUAUCCACGGUUCAGAUCCGCCCAGAAUCUAGCCUGCCUGUUCCGCAAGAUACCAUUGAAACAAUGCUUACCAAUGGAACAUACUCCUCGAACUACGAGGCGAGCGGGGCGGACAAUUUCAACUUUAUGGAUACAACUCAGGAUGCUGGAGAGGCAGGUGCUGCUGAGAACCCGCAGGCGGGAUCACCGGCAGACUCACUGUUCGGUGGUGCGGAUUCGUUAUUUGGUGAUGCAGACGGUGGAGCUGCGGAUGGCGGAGAGCCAUCUGCAGGAGUGUUUGGGGUUGAUGAAGACGAUGAAUUCGGCCGUGCGAUGGCAGACGGCGUUCUCGCCGAUCAAGAUGCUCCUGGGGAAGAUGACACUGAGAUUCCACAACCAGAAUCGGCGCCCCAACCAAAUGCCCAAUCGACUGAUGCCAAUGCCAAUGCCAACGUAGAAGGCACGGAGACAAAUCAAGAGCAGCUAAACACCGAUAUCCCGACCCAGUCCUCACGCCCGGCUGUUAACGGUCUUCCCAAAGCAGAAGAUCUCGAGUCAUCUUCGCAGGGCCCCGACCUGUCUCAGACUAUGCAACAGGAAGGUUCAGGAUCGGAUACCACAUUCCUAGCUGCAUCCAUUGACGGAACCAUUCGCAUAUGGGACAGGCGACAACCUAACCCAGUUGCUCGAAUUACACCUCGUAAUGUUCCUCCCUGGUGUAUGAAUGCUUGCUGGUCUCCUGAUGGAAAUUACAUUUACGCCGGACGACGCAAUGGCACCGUUGAAGAGUUCAGCCUGCACAAAGGACUUCGGGAAGCCGAGCGGACGUUCAAGUUCCCACCGGGGAGCGGUCCAGUCACAGCACUAAAGGCGAUGCCCAACGGUCGCCAUCUCGUUUGUGCCUCUCACGAUAUUCUCCGUCUCUACGACCUGAAACAUGAACAGAGUUCCCGUCACUCAACCACCCCAUUCCUCAUCAUUCCAGGUCAUCGCACUGGCACAAUCUCCCAGCUUUUUGUCGAUAAUGCCUGCCGGUACAUGAUCUCCACCAGUGGCAAUCGUGGCUGGGAAGGUAACACCACCGAGGUGCUCCUUGGCUACGAGAUCGGGGUUCCUCAGUAA